CUGGAAUAUUUUGAGAAUGAAAACAAGAAACAAGAUUAAUCUUUGCCCGUAUGCAACUUCACCCAGUGUGGCGAUGCCACUCAAGCGAAAUAUAAACAGUAGCAAAAUGGCUAUUAAAAGAGUCGUUCGAAAGAACCAGCAGUAUUUCGAUAUAGUUAAUGCCAGGAGCAUGAUGAAAAAAGGUCGCAAGAGCUUCGUACCUCCUAAAACCUAAGAAAAACACCUCUAGCCAUAGCUUUACCUUGAAGAAUGGGUCAAGGGAGCUCAGUCUGGAGGACAAGAACCAGCUGAGCUGCCAUAAUGACUGUAUGAAGAUUAAGAACAGCACCUCUAUUGAACUGAAUUCAAGAUUUAGUAGUGGCAUAAAGGCUAAAUUAAAGAAUAAAAUACUUAGUAAGAAGUUUACAAGCAGAAAAAUUGAAGAUAUCAUGAAUAAGCUCAAGGCUGAUGCACAUAAGUCUAAGCUGAAAGCACCUUCUGAUUCGAAGGGCCAGCUCUAUUACAGUGCUAUUCAGACAGCUUGAAAUGAAGUUGUUAAGAUCUGUCCGAUUGUUAAGCCCCUUUUGGACUUCUUACGACUAGAAAUCAUCAGAAGUAGUGGAGGGGAGGGCAAAGAGCCUGAUAAAGCUCCAGUCGAGUUCAGGAAGAGCAAGUCUCAAGCCAACAUCGCCCGUUUGAUUAAAGAUGAAAAGGAGAAAAUGGUCAAAGAGAUCCACCAAAGACUGGAGGAAAAUCUCGAUCUGGAUGCUUACAACAUAACCAGUGAUGAUUUCAGGUCUGCCACGCCCCAGAUGAAGAGCAGGUACAAUUUACCAAAACUGGACUUCAAGAAGAUAUUCGAGUGGAGAGAGAAGGCAAAUGUGAUCAAGAACAACGAUGUGGCUAACUGAGACAUUGAUGAUGAGAAAGGCCUCCAGAAAGGCAGCGAGAUAUUCUUCUGAUCUGGGGACACCCUUAAUUUCACCUCUUCUCGAGAGAAGGAGCUUCAUGAAAAAUAAGCAGAAUGUGCUAAAACUGAUGAAUAAAAAUUUGUUUGACAUAAGAAGAAAGGAGCUAUCGAAUAGCGUGAAGAAGACGGUGAUUGACAAGGAUCUUAUUGACUCACUUGAGUAAUCGGCAGGGCCUCUGUCUCUCUUACUCUCCUAGCCUUCUUGAACCAAUUAGGUCAAAUCAAAUGAGGUUAAAUGCAUAAUAAUCGCAUAUUUGAGGGUCAGAGAAUGUCACUUAUGGCAUGUAAACAGUUAAUUGGAGAGAUA